AUGUCAAUCGUUGCGAUCAAAGAGGAAGCGAUGGACACGACUGCGGAAGAGGCGAGCGAUCACUGCGCGGAUCAGUUGAGCGACAAUCAGCUGAAGUGUGAGCCGACGGACGACCAGAUGAGUGACGGGACGGCCAGUGGUGGCGGCGGAGGAAAGGGAGGGACAGGGAGUCGUGCGGCGCGGAGGGGACGGAAGAACCGGAGGGUCGGCGCGAAGGUUGACGUGAGGGCUAAGCUGGAGAGGAGUCGGCAGUCGGCGCGCGAGUGUAGGGCCCGCAAGAAGCUUAGGUACCAGUACUUGGAGGACCUCGUCAUCAAACGCGAGUCCGCCAACCAGGCGCUCAAACAGGAACUACAUAUG